CAUCGCCCAUGUGACCCACAUUCACUUCUUCCUCGCUACUCGCUACAGGGUACAGGCUUGCUCUUACACACGCUACCUGCUUUCUCAUAAAUACCCCCUUCUCAAUCACCAAAAUUCACACUAAUCAACCACCUCCGAUCUCCGCCAUGUCCGUCCCUGCAUCCGUCGUCAAGCCGCCGUUGGUUGACGAGUUGGAUAUCGUCAUACCCACCAUCAGAAACCUCGAUUUCCUCGAGCAGUGGAGACCUUUCUUCCAGCCAUACCAUCUGAUCAUCGUCCAAGAUGGAGAUCCAACGAAGAAGAUCCAUGUACCUGAAGGAUUCGAUUACGAACUCUACAAUCGUAACGAUAUCAAUCGGAUCCUUGGCCCUAAGUCCAGUUGCAUUUCCUUCAAGGAUUCCGCUUGUCGAUGCUUCGGAUUCCUUGUCUCCAAGAAGAAAUACAUCUUCACCAUUGACGACGACUGCUUCGUUGCUAAAGAUCCAACUGGGCAAGAGAUCAAUGCAUUGGCACAACACAUCCACAACUUGUUGACACCUGCAACACCCUUCUUCUUCAACACAUUGUAUGAUCCAUACAGGGAAGGUGCAGAUUUUGUUAGGGGUUACCCCUUCAGCUUAAGAGAAGGUGCCACCACUGCCAUCUCUCAUGGCCUUUGGCUCAACAUCCCUGACUAUGAUGCCCCUACUCAACUUGUCAAGCCUCGUGAGCGCAACACCAGGUAUGUGGAUGCUGUGAUGACCAUACCGAAACAGACACUUUUCCCUAUGUGUGGGAUGAACCUUGGGUUCCAUAGGGAACUCAUUGGGCCUGCUAUGUAUUUUGGGCUCAUGGGAGACGGCCAGCCCAUUGGUCGAUAUGACGACAUGUGGGCUGGAUGGUGUGCUAAGGUGAUUUGUGACCAUUUGGGGCUAGGGGUGAAAACAGGGCUACCAUACAUUUGGCAUAGCAAAGCAAGCAACCCAUUUGUGAACUUGAAGAAAGAAUACAAAGGUAUUUAUUGGCAAGAAGACAUUAUUCCAUUCUUUCAAUCUGUUGUUCUCCCGAAAGAAUGCACAACCCCACAAAAAUGCUACAUUGAGCUCUCAAAGCUUGUGAAGGAGAAACUUGGCCCAAUUGAUCCUUACUUUGAGAAGCUUGGAGAUGCCAUGGUUACAUGGAUCGAUGCUUGGAAUGAACUCAACCCGUUGACUGAUGGUGCUACCACUGUCAAGAUUGAGCCUUCUAAAACUAAGUAGAGAUAGUACACCCGGAUCAUGUCUACUUUUGUUACUUUUCUUAUUGUUGGAAUUAUGUUUCUUGAAUUUGUCAUUUUCGGCUUUGGUUAUAGUCUGUUUGGUUGAGUUGAGUUUAUUGCAGAGAUGUAACUUAUAUUUUUAGCUAUGGAUAUGUGAUUUUAUCGU